GAUGGUAUUUCCGUUUCGAGUGAUAUAUAAUCUUGGCAAUCGACGAGUGAAGAGUAUUCAUACUUAUUCUCUCGUAAGAAGACUUGUUCUACCGCUUUAGCAUUAUGGAAAAAUACAUAAUAUUUUUAUAUGCAACUUUUUGCAUCGCCGCGGGGCAAAAUCUUGGUCUUCUCGGUGGAUUACUUGGUGGUACCGCUCCUGGUGCAGCUCCUGGUGCAGCUCCAGGUGCAGCUCCUGGUGCAGGUGCUGGAGCUGGAGCUGGAGGUGGUGUAGUCCCAGGAUUAGGUGGACUCCUCGGUGGUGAUGGACAAGGGCCUGGAGUUUUACCAGGAGUAGGUGAUCUCCUCGGUGGUAAUGUCCUUCCUGGUCUGGGGAGACUCCUCGGUGUUAACGGCCAACAGGGCCAGCCAGGUCAGCAGCCUGGUGGUCUUUUGGGAUUGAAUGGACUUCUCGGUGGUGGCAAUGGAAUUGGUGGUGUAGUCGGAGGUGGUCGUAACGCAACCUCACCGAGGACAGGAUGAACAGGAGGCAAUUGAAAAAAAAAAAACAGAUGUCCGCGGAAUCUCAAUGCAAUACUAUUAAAUAUUGAAUCGAGAUAAUCGAUGAAAUAUCCGCUGGAAAUUGAUGUAGAGUCUGUAUGUACUGAGAUAUUUUUGUGAUCUAUUGUGUGAUCGAUGCAGAUCUGAGAAAUGAAGAAAUUAAUUUAAGAAUGAAAAUGUUCUCUUAAUACCUUUUAUCAAAAUUGAGAGAAUAAUAUAAUAAUUCCAAGAUGAUAA